GAUCGGUCGCCAGGAUUCUCCCUUCUCGGCCAAAAUGGAGGAGGAGGUCUCUCGCUUAAUGAAGGGAGCACAGAUUGCAUGACCGGAUCUGCUUCAAUGAAAGGCGUCAGGAUCCGCUCUUGCUGAUAAAUAAUUGUCGCAACAACAAAACCCACGGAGGAUAUCCGUCGCUAUAUCCGCGCAAGCGACCACAGCCAUGAGCGCAGGAGAGGGACUAGAUGAGGCUGCGAAGGACGCUGCAGACAUAGCGGCGUUUUUCAAAUCCGAUUGCUCUCUUCCAAAAUGUGAAUCCAAACUGGAUGGCCCAGGUCAAACCUCAGGAUUUCAUCGCAAUGAGGAUAUGAAGGCCAUCGAUGUGCUUCCCAUCCUCAAGGAGAAGGUUGCCUUUCUCUCAGGUGGCAGAGACAGACGUGGGGGUCCAGUUCUCACCUUUCCAGCACGGAGCAACCAUGACAGAAUACGACCCGAAGACCUACGCAGGCUCAUAGCCUACCUGGCUACUAUUCCCAGUGAGGAGGUGGCCAGACAUGGGUUCACAGUUAUUGUGGACAUGCGUGGUUCUAAGUGGGACAGCAUCAAGCCUCUGCUGAAGAUCCUUCAGGAGUCUUUCCCUUCUUGUAUCCACGUCGCCCUCAUCAUCAAGCCAGACAACUUCUGGCAGAAGCAGAGGACCAACUUUGGCAGCUCCAAGUUUGAAUUUGAGACGGUGAUGGUCUCCUUAGAGGGUUUAUCCAAGAUUGUGGACCCAUCCCAGCUGACAGCUGACUUCGACGGCAGCUUAGAGUACAGCCAUGAUGACUGGAUUGAGGUGCGGCUCUCAUUUGAGACCUUUGCCAGUGAUGCAACGCGGGCUCUGGCGCGCCUCGAGGAGCUCCAAGAAACCUUGUCCCAGCGUGAUCUCCCGCGGGACCUGGAGGGUGCUCGUCGUCUUAUGGAAGAACAUGCUGCAUUGAAGAAAAGGGCAACUAAGGCGUCAGUAGAGGAGCUGGACACGCAGGGACGAAGGCUGCUGCAAAGGCUACAGUCACAAACUGCAGGGGGUGGGAGUAGUGGUGAAAGCGGGUAUGGUAACCGAGCUGGCGGCGCCAGCGGAGAUUCCAACGACCAUCAUCAUGGGUUCCACGCACACGCAGACGCACACAACCUAGUGGCUAAAGUGACGGGUUUGUUGGAUAAGCUGCAUGGGACUCGCCAGAAUCUGCAGCAGCUGUGGCACAUGAGGAAGCUGAAGCUGGACCAGUGCUUCCAGCUACGUCUGUUUGAACAGGACGCUGAGAAGAUGUUCGACUGGAUCAUGCACAACAAGGGGCUUUUCCUCACCAGUUACACAGAGAUCGGAGGGAACCACCAGCAUGCUGUCGAGCUGCAGACCCAGCACAACCACUUUGCUAUGAACUGCAUGAAUGUGUAUGUGAACAUCAAUCGGAUCAUGUCAGUAGGGAACCGGCUCCUGGAGUCAGGCCACUAUGCGUCACAGCAGAUCCAGCAGAUCUCAGGCCAGCUGGAGCAGGAGUGGAAGGCCUUCGCUGCAGCACUGGAUGAACGCAGCACCCUGCUGGAGAUGUCUGCCAGCUUCCACCAGAAAGCAGACCAGUACAUGAGUAAAGUGGAGCCGUGGUGUAAAGCAUGUGGUGAAGGAGAGCUGCCCUCUGAACUCCAGGACCUGGAAGACACAAUCCACCAUCACCAGGGAUUAUAUGAGCACAUUACCACCGCAUACUCCGAGGUAAGCCAGGAUGGCAAGUCUCUACUGGACAAACUGCAGCGACCUUUGACCCCAGGAAGCGCUGAUUCACUGAUGGCAUCAGCUAACUACUCCAAGGCUGUACACCAUGUCCUGGACAUCAUCCACGAGGUGCUGCAUCACCAGAGGCAGCUGGAAAACAUCUGGCAGCAUCGCAAGGUUCGCCUGCACCAGCGCCUGCAGCUGUGUGUCUUUCAGCAGGAUGUACAGCAAGUGCUGGACUGGAUAGAAAACCAUGGCGAGGCCUUCCUCAGUAAACACACUGGUGUUGGGAAGUCUCUGCACAGGGCCAGGGCUCUGCAGAAGAGGCAUGAAGACUUUGAAGAGGUUGCACAGAACACCUACACCAAUGCUGACAAGUUGCUAGAGGCAGCAGAGCAGCUGGCGCAGACUGGAGAGUGUGACCCAGAGGAAAUUUACCAGGCUGCCCACCAGCUAGAAGAUCGUAUCCAGGACUUUGUGAGACGUGUCGAACAGCGUAAAGUCCUCCUGGACAUGUCUGUUGCCUUCCACACACAUGUCAAAGAGCUGUGGACAUGGUUGGAGGAGCUUCAGAAGGAACUGUUGGAUGAUGUGUAUGCAGAGUCGGUGGAAGCAGUGCAGGACCUGAUCAAGCGUUUUGGCCAGCAGCAGCAGACCACCCUGCAGGCUACUGUCAAUGUCAUUAAGGAGGGAGAGGACCUCAUACAACAGCUCAGAGACUCUGCCAUCUCGAGCAACAAGACUCCCCACAACAGCUCAAUGGCCCACAUCGAGAGCGUGCUGCAGCAGCUGGAUGAGGCCCAGGGACAGAUGGAGGAGCUGUUCCAGGAAAGGAAGAUCAAACUGGAGCUCUUUCUCCAGCUCCGCAUCUUUGAGAGGGACGCGAUCGACAUCAUCUCAGACCUUGAGUCAUGGAACGAGGAACUGUCGCAGCAGAUGAGUGACUUCGACACGGAGGACCUGACACUGGCCGAACAGAGGCUACAGCAUCAUGCAGACAAGGCACUGACUAUGAACAACCUCACCUUUGACGUCAUCCACCAGGGGCAAGAGUUGCUGCAGUAUGUCACAGAGGUCCAGGCAUCGGGUGUGGAGCUGUUAUGCGACAGAGAUGUGGAUAUGGCCACACGGGUCCAGGACCUGCUAGAGUUUCUCCACGAGAAGCAGCAGGAGUUGGACCUGGCAGCAGAGCAGCACAGGAGGCACCUGGAGCAGUGUGUCCAAUUAAGACAUCUACAGGCUGAAGUCAAACAGGUGCUGGGUUGGAUCCGUAAUGGAGAGUCCAUGCUGAACGCUGGUCUCAUCACAGCCAGUUCAUUACAAGAAGCCGAGCAGCUGCAGAAGGAACAUGAACAAUUCCAACAUGCAAUAGAGAAAACCCACCAGAGUGCACUGCAGGUACAGCAGAAGGCUGAGGCCUUACUCCAGGCCAACCACUACGAUAUGGAUAUGAUCAGAGACUGUGCAGAAAAGGUGGCAGACCAUUGGCAGCAGCUGAUGCUGAAGAUGGAGGACCGGCUCAAGCUGGUGAAUGCUUCUGUUGCUUUCUACAAGACCUCUGAACAGGUGUGCAGUGUGUUGGAAAGCCUGGAGCAGGAGUACAAGAGAGAGGAAGACUGGUGUGGUGGCGCUGAUAAACUGGGCCCAAACAGUGAGUCAGACCAUGUCACUCCCAUGAUCAGCAAACAUCUGGAGCAGAAAGAGGCCUUCCUGAAGGCCUGUACAUUAGCCAGGCGUAAUGCUGAUGUCUUCCUGAAGUACCUGCAUAGAAACAGUGUCAACAUGCCUGGCAUGUUGUCCCACGUCAAAGCUCCAGAGACCCAGGUUAAGAAUAUCUUGAAUGAGUUGCUGCAGAGAGAGAACAGAGUUCUGCACUUCUGGACCAUGAGGAAGCGGAGGCUCGACCAGUGCCAGCAAUAUGUUGUGUUUGAACGCAGCGCCAAGCAGGCCCUGGAGUGGAUCCAUGACACUGGGGAGUUUUACCUGUCCACACACACAUCCACCGGCUCCAGUAUUCACCACACGCAGGAACUGCUGAAGGAGCAUGAAGACUUCCAGAUCACAGCAAAGCAAACCAAAGAGAGGGUAAAGCUGUUGAUCCAGCUGGCGGAUGGGUUUUGUGACAAGGGCCACGCCCAUGCCCUGGAGAUAAAGAAAUGGGUGUCCUCAGUGGACAAACGCUACAGGGACUUCUCUCUCCGCAUGGACAAAUACCGAACCUGCCUGGAAACGGCGCUCGGCAUUUCUUCUGACUCAAACAAGGCUAGUAAAGAGCUGCAAUUGGACAUCAUCCCAGCCAGUGCUCCAGGGUCAGAGGUCAAGUUGAGGGAUGCCGCCCAUGAACUCAACGAGGAGAAGAGGAAAUCAGCGCGAAGGAAAGAAUUUAUAAUGGCUGAGCUGAUUCAAACAGAGAAAGCCUAUGUCAGAGACCUACGGGAAUGUAUGGAUACGUACCUGUGGGAGAUGACCAGUGGUGUGGAGGAGAUUCCUCCUGGUAUUGUCAACAAGGAACACAUCAUCUUUGGGAACAUGCAAGAUCUCUACGAGUUUCAUCACAAUAUCUUCCUGAAGGAGUUGGAGAAGUAUGAGCAGCUUCCAGAGGAUGUCGGCCAUUGUUUUGUGACUUGGGCUGACAAGUUCCAGAUGUAUGUGAACUACUGUAAGAACAAGCCUGACUCCACUCAGCUCAUCCUAGAGCAUGCUGGACCCUACUUUGAUGAAAUCCAGCAAAGGCAUCGUCUUGCCAACUCCAUUUCUUCUUACCUGAUCAAACCAGUCCAGAGAAUCACUAAGUACCAGCUUCUUCUCAAGGAGUUGUUGACGUGCUGUGAGGAGGGAAAAGGUGAGAUCAAGGAUGGUCUUGAAGUGAUGCUAAGUGUCCCUAAGAAAGCUAAUGAUGCCAUGCACCUCUCUAUGCUGGAUGGUUUUGAUGGGAACAUUGACUCCCAGGGAGAGUUGAUACUUCAGGAGUCCUUCCAAGUAUGGGAUCCCAAGACUCUUAUUCGUAAGGGUCGUGACAGACACCUCUUCCUCUUUGAAAUGUCCCUGGUCUUCAGCAAAGAAGUCAAAGACUCCAACGGUCGCAGCAAAUACCUCUACAAGAGCAAGCUGUUUACAUCAGAGCUUGGAGUGACAGAACAUGUGGAGGGAGAUCCUUGUAAGUUUGCCCUGUGGGUGGGCAGGACCCCAACCUCAGACAACAAGAUCGUCCUCAAGGCUUCAAGUAUUGAGAACAAGCAGGACUGGAUCAAACACAUUCGGGAGGUCAUCCAGGAGCGAACUGUACACCUGCGUGGAGCUCUGAAGGAGCCCAUCCACAUCCCUAAAGCUACCACAACUAAACAUAAAGGCAGACGGGAUGGAGAGGAACUGGACAGCCAGGGAGAUGCCAGCAGCCAACCGGACACCAUCUCCAUUGCCUCACGUACAUCCCAGAACACACUGGACAGUGACAAACUGUCCGGUGGCUGUGAGUUAACAGUGGUGAUCCAUGACUUUGUGGCCAGUAAUGGCGGCAGCGGCGGAGAGCUGACGGUGCGCAGAGGCCAGACAGUUGAGGUUCUGGAGCGACUCCAUGACAAGCCGGACUGGUGCCUGGUGCGGACCACAGACCGCUCUCCGGCCCAGGAGGGCAUCGUACCCUGCUCCAUGCUCUGUAUCGCACACUCCAGGUCUUCCAUGGAGAUGGAGGGGCUCUUCAACCACAAAGACACCUUGUCUGUAUCCAGUAACGAUGCCCUGCAGCCAGGCUCCAGCCACACCCUGGGCCCUCACAGCUCACCGGGGCCCAAACGUCCUGGGAACACUCUAAGGAAGUGGCUGACCAGCCCCGUGCGGCGGCUCAGCUCUGGCAAAGCUGAUGGCCACGUCAAGAAGCUCGCCCACAAGCACAAGAAGAACCGCGACGGGACAAGGAAGAACGUGGACACAAUUCCUGGCUCACAGAAGGACUCUGAUGACAGUGCUGCCACGCCACAGGACGAGACACUGGAGGAGCGUAUGCGUAAUGAGGGGCUGAGCAGUGGUACCCUGUCCAAGUCUUCUUCAUCAGGCAUGCAGAGCUGUGGUGAGGAGGAAGGUGAGGAAGGGGCUGACGCCGUCCCUCUGCCUCCUCCUAUGGCCAUCCAGCAACACAGCCUGCUGCAGCCCGACUCCCAGGACGACAAGUCUGCAUCUCGUCUGUCCGCUCGUCCCAGUAGUUCAGAGACACCCAGUGCUGCUGAACUGGUCAGUGCCAUCGAAGAGCUGGUGAAGAGCAAGAUGUCUCUGGAGGAUCGUCCCAGUUCUCUGUCAGUAGAGCAGGGCGACAGCAGCUCUCCCUCCCUCAACCCCUCUGACAACUCCCUCCUCUCCUCCUCCUCACCCAUCGAUGAGGUGGAUGAGCGCAAGUCUGGCUUCCUCAAGCGGAGACAUUAUGUGCUUCUGGAGCUGGUGGAGACUGAAAGAGACUAUGUCAGGGACUUGGGAUCAGUGGUGGAGGGCUACAUGAGCAGGAUGAAAGAGGAAGGAGUUCCAGAUGACAUGAGAGGAAAAGACAAGAUUGUCUUUGGAAACAUCCAUCAGAUCUAUGACUGGCACAAAGAUUUUUUCCUGGGAGAGCUUGAGAAGUGUAUGGAGGAUCCUGACAGGCUAGCUCCUUUAUUUGUCAAACAGGAGCGGAGGCUACACAUGUACAUUGUGUACUGCCAGAACAAGCCAAAAUCUGAGCACAUUGUGUCAGAGUACAUUGACACAUACUUUGAAGACCUUAAGCAGCGACUGGGCCACAGAUUGCAGAUCACUGACCUGCUAAUCAAACCUGUGCAGCGCAUAAUGAAGUACCAGCUGCUACUAAAGGAUCUUUUCAAAGUUUCUAAGAAAGCUGGAGUGGACACAACAGAGCUGGAGAAAGCCGUGGAGGUGAUGUGUGUGGUCCCCAAGCGCUGCAAUGACAUGAUGAAUGUGGGGCGCCUCCAAGGCUUCGAUGGUAAAAUUGUGGCUCAGGGCAGAUUGCUCCUCCAAGACACCUUCAUGGUUUCAGACCAGGAUGGGGGACUUCUGUCCAGGAUGAAAGAAAGGAGAGUCUUCCUAUUUGAGCAGAUCGUCAUCUUCAGUGAGCCCCUAGACAAAAAGAAGGGCUUCUCUACUCCUGGCUACCUCUUCAAGAACAGCAUCAAGGUGAGCUGGCUGGGUCUAGAAGAAAAUGCAGAUGACCCUUGCAAGUUCACACUUACUUCCAGGUCAUCUAGUGGUAACCUGGAGAGGUACACCCUCCAUUCAAUGAACCCUGGAGUCAGUCAAGUCUGGGUCCACCAGGUCAGCCAGAUACUGGAGAACCAGCGCAAUUUCCUCAAUGCUCUGACAUCCCCCAUAGAGUACCAGAGGAACCACGUGGGUGGCGCCGGGCCAGGUGGUCCACCCAGUAGUAGUAGCAGCAGCAGUACUGGAGGCCUGCCAGGGGGCAGCAGCUCCAAUAAUACCUCCAGCAUGGGAGGCGGAGGUGGCGGCGGUGGUUCUGGAGGAUCAGGGGGCAGCUCCUCUUCUCUGUGCGGCCCUCGCUCCCGACCCUCCCGCAUCCCUCAGCCAUCCUCACGCCUCCCCCAGCCCGUCCACCACCACCACCCCCCGGGCCCUGAGGGGCCCGACAGAUCAGCAGGUAUGUGGUCACCCUGCCAGCCUGAGUCGCUCCCCUCUAACCCCUACUCAGACACCACCACAAAUGGAGAGCUGUUAGCCUCAGAGGUCCCUAAGAUGAGGAUGCUGGAUAGUCCUCAUGGAAGUAACAGUAAUAACAGUAACAGGCCAUCCAGCAGCACAGAGGCUAGUGUCAGACAGGAUCUCGGAGGCUAUGAAGAAACCCAGAAACAUCAAACAGCUGGAGUGCCACAAAUGUUAGUGGCGCCUCAGAGUUUGCCACUAAAAAGCCCUCGCAUCGGGACAGUUUCUCCUCUGAUUUCACCUCAAUCCCCUGGAGGAGGAGGGGGAAAGGAAGGAUUUGUCCCCUCCAGUCCAGCUCAUAAAGGCAACACUUUCUGGGCUUUGGUCCCUGCUAUGCCGCCCUCUCAUGCCAGCCGGCCUGGUUCCUUCUCCUACCCCAGUGAAAGUGGUGGUGGAGGGGACUCUUUGGGCAGAGGAAGCCACGGGACACCCUCUCAUCACCGCCACUCUACCCACAGUAAGGACAUAGACCGCAUGAGCACCUGCUCCUCCACCAGCGAGCAGUCCAUACACUCCACCCAGAGCAACGGGAGUGAAAGCAGUAGCAGCAGCAGUGUGUCCACCAUGUUGGUGACCCAGGACUAUGUGGCAGUGAAGGAGGAUGAAAUCAGUGUGGCGCAGGGUGAAGUGGUCCAAAUGCUGGCCAGCAACCAGCAAAACAUGUUCCUGGUGUACCGGGCAGCCAAUGAGCACUGCCCUGCAGCUGAAGGCUGGAUUCCUGGCUAUGUAUUAGGACAUACCUCAUCCUCCAUCACACCCGAACUACCUGAAGGAACCAUCAAAAAAUCAUUAUCAUGGCACACAGCGCUCCGUAUCCGCCGAAAAUCUGAAAAAAGAGACAAGGAGGGCAAGAAAAUGGAGAAUGGCUACCGCAAGUCUCAGGACAGCCUGGCCAACAAAGUCUCUGUCAAGCUUCUAAAUCCCAACUUCAUCUAUGAUGCUCCUCCAGAGUUCCUCAUCCCUGUUAGUGAUGUAGCAUGUGAGAGUGGCGACAGUGUUACUCUGAGGUGUAAAGUGUGCGGUCGACCCCGGGCCACCGUCACCUGGCGGGGACCUGACAACAACAUUCUGAGCAACAACGGACACUACAGGAUCACUUACAGUGAGACAGGAGAGGCAGCCCUGCGUAUCCUUGGAGUGUCUAUUGAGAACAGUGGUGUGUACACCUGCGUUGCCACAAAUGUAGCAGGCUCUGUCACCUCCUCCGCCAGCCUCAUAGUCUCAGGAAUUCCUGAUAUUGGCAGUGAAGUCCUCUGGAAAGGCAGCUUUGAGUCCUACUACACAGAAAUCACUGAACUAGGAAGGGGCCGGUUCUCAGUGACUAAGCGGUGUGACCAGAGAGGAAGUAAGCGUACAGUAGCAGCAAAACACGUCAACAAGAAGCUGUUGCGUCGAGAGCAGGUGCUACAGGAGAUCAGAGUCAUACAGACUCUGGAUCAUCCCAACCUGGUCAAACUGCUGGACACAUACGAGACGGUCAACAGUUACAUACUUGUGCUCGAGAUGGCAGACCAGGGACGUUUCCUGGACUAUAUAGUGAGCUGGGGAAACUUGACAGAGGAGAAAGUGGCUCUCUACCUCAGAGAUAUUCUCAAAGCUCUCCACUACCUGCACAGCUGGAGGAUAGCACACCUUGACCUCAAACCUGAGAACAUUGUGGUGGAACAUGCAUCCUCUCAGCCAGUAAUCAAGCUGACAGACUUUGGUGACGCCGUUCAGCUGAACCCUCCCUCCUCUUACAUCCAUCCUCUCCUGGGGAGCCCAGAGUUUUCUGCUCCUGAGCUGGUCCUGGGUCUGCCUGUCUCACUGAUGUCUGACCUCUGGAGCUUAGGGGUGGUGACUUAUGUUGUACUAAGCGGCGCCUCUCCCUUCCUGGAUGAGAGUUUGGAGGAGACAUGUCUGAACAUCUGUCGCCUGGACUUCAGCUUCCCUGAGGAUUACUUCCAGGGUGUGAGCCCAGCUGCCAGGGACUUUGUCUGCCUGCUGCUUCAGGGGGAGCCAGAAAGACGGCCCUCUGCAGCGUCCUGCUUGCAGGAGCCCUGGCUCCAGCCUCGAGGUGUGAUAAACAGAGACACUGGACAUGCCACCUUAAAUCACACGCAGCCGCCAUCUCAGAACCAUCACACAGCCCAUCUGGACACCUCCAGACUCAUUUCCUUCAUCGAGAGACGGAAACACCAGAACGAUGUUCGGCCCAUUGGCAGUAUUAAGGCCUUCCUACAAAGCCGCCUGCUCAACCACAUCUGACUAACGGGUCACUAGGUAGACUCGAGAGCAACAGCAUGUACUGUAGCCACCGGUUCCUGCAUUGUUAUUGUAUAGAAGGAAUUCAUGCCUGUCCAGCAAACUAUAGUGGAUCAGAUGAGCUGUGUUAAAAAACUUGCCGAGAGGACCAGCAACAUCUCCACGAUGAUCUCCUUUUCCCUCACUAAGCCACAAAAUACCUGCUGCUGCUGACUGAUUGACUACUCUGCUGAUAAACCCUUUGAUUCUCCCCACCUGUCCUUAACCUUGGCAUAUUGUCAUUAUGCCUGCACAACAAAUGAACUGUUGGAAUCUAUUUGAGAUUUCAAUCCUUGAUUUAGCAGGGAGAAAACCAAGCUUUCUCAACAAGCCAACGUGAGCAAGUCUUGCGGUUUGGACAGUGUUAAACUGAGAAAGUAGAAUGCUGUAUAAUAACAGUAAUUCAGGCUGCUUUCGGUGGAACAUGUGAAAAUGUUUUUUUGUAAUGAGAGAUUACUUUUUGUAAAUGAAACCAUGUACAGCGAGGAAACAGAGAACUGUCUUUAUUCAUACCUUUUGGAAAACAAAGGUUAGUUAGUAAGUAGAAAGAAAACUAGAGAAAUGAAAUGUGUGAACAAAGUGGCACCCAUCAGCAGGGUCCAUUUACUCUAGAUGAAGACCAAAACCAUGUUUUCCAGGAACACAUUGUAGUUACAUUCAGUGCAAUAGUUUGCCUAUCUUUAUGCCCCCACUCCGGUUUGAAAGGUGAAAUCAUUUUGGUUUGUGACACUAAGAGAAAUUAAAUUAUCUCGAAAAAGCGUUAAAGCUAUUUGGUUAAAGCUUCUCAGAUUUCUACCCGCAUCCGCCUUAUUUGUAAAUAUGGUAUUCCUGCUUUUCAUUCUCACUUUGAAGAAUUUGUCUCAGAUGAACUAAAACUAUUUCAUUUGCCGAUAUUAGUUACCCCAUGCAGCUGGUGAGAUAAGUCACUUCCUGCGGACCCUCAGCAGCCAGAUAUUCACUAUGAACAAACCGCUACUAGAAAUGCACUCGUAUUUUGCAUCAAUUCCCAUGUGCAAUGUUGCAGCUUUAAGAUUUAUGCAACUAUUUAUGAAGACCUGUGUUGUAGCCGUAUUCUUAAAAAGGCAUGUACGUACCUGGUACUGCAAUAGAUGUCUGUAUUGUGUUAACUCUUAUGUAUUAAGUUCAGUAUUAAUAUCUGGAAAACCCACAGACAGGAGGCGGGUUUUCAGAAAUAAUGUAUAGAAAUGUGUAUCUAUAAAAUAUAGGCACUUGUGCUUUCAUUUUGUCAUUGUUAUGUUUUUAUUUUCUGUAACAAUACCAAAGUUGACUAUGCUUUCUUUUCCUGCUAAAAUGUGUUUUUUUUUUUAAUGAUUUCUCAUGUUAAGUUAUAACAGAGCACACUGAACCCAGACAUAUGAGUGUUUACGUAGGUUCAGUCCGGCUUUAUUUAUUCUUAUUGUAAUAAGAAAUUGUUUGGUGGUAUAUUGCUGAAAAAACUAAUAUUUAACUUGUCUUUUUUCAAGCUGUGCACAAAGUGGUUUGCUGUGUGAGUUUGUUUGGCUUUUGUAGGUAGAUGCUGGUGUAUAUUACUAGAUUUUUUAGCAUCUCAAUUCAACGUCGUAAGACAGACUUGGUUGACAUUUUUACCAAGCAAUAGGUCUGGAAAAUGCUCAUUGUGGCCCUUCCACAAUGGAUUUGAAAUGAUUGGAGAAUGCAUUAUACUUUUUAGGAGAAACCCAAAUCUCGUACCACCAACAUUUCAAAUACAUCCCUUUGAUAAUUAUCCAUCAGCAUUAACAGGUAUCUGCCAUGAAAGACAUCUCUUCCAGUUAUUUUUUAUUUCAAUGAGCUGAUGUCUUUAGGUUAAGAAGUUGUUGAAAACUUCUUUGUUUAAAGUGCCAGUUGAGUUAGACAACUUAGAGAGGUGGGUGAAACUAAAAAUGUCGAUUGUUUAUUAUUUUAUUUGAAGGUUGUAAGAGUUACUGUCAGAUGAUCUGAUUUAAUGUUAAAGAAGUCAGUAACGUGGAGUUUAAUGACUCUUGUUGGUCUGUACAGUCUAAGUCUCUCAUUUUGUGUCAUUUUUAUUUAUUGCUAUGGAUCUGGGUUUUCCAAAAUAAUGCUUUCAAUCAGUUUAUCAAAUGCUCUUAGUCUAUUCAUGAAGAAAAAUAUGAUCUAAGUAAUAUAAUGCCUAUGGGAAACCUAGCCUAUUCAUGAUGUAAAGAUGUACAGAGAGGUUUGGGCAGUUUGCCCAUGCCCAGGAUGUAAACCUCAUAACUAUGUCAUAUUUUAAAUACACAUAGAACAAGACUGCAGCAAUGUCAUUUUGAAUGUCUUAUUACGACUUAUUUUUGCUUUUGCAUGUAUAUUUCUUUGUACAGAAGAUUGUGUUUACAUGUUAUUAUGUGCUGUAAAUAUUUUAUUUUGUCCUCUGUUAUUUUGCCAUUAAAUA